GCGUGUCAGUUCCACCAGGUAGAUAUGAGAGAAGAAAUUACCUAGUCUCAAGAAUCAAAAGAUUUAAUAGAUGAUACUAAUCGAGUGGUCUUGGUGGAUAGUAGUAGGAUUGAGCAUCUUCUAUCGCCUUGAACCAUGAAGUGGUUGCCUCACUGGAUGCCCAAGGCACACUUCAUUCUGUCUACUACCAACUACAAACCAGUACUCCGUAACUAGUACCUGACAGUGUAUAAUAUUAAUUCAUACAGUUGACACCUUUAUUCCAUCAUUAUUGUUCUCUAUUAGAUUUUGCCAGGCUGAUCCUACGAUUCAUCGAGGUUCUGCUGUUGUGGGGGAGUUAUUUUGGGCCACAACCACAAUUAAUCUGAUCCACGGGACUCGCUCUCCUCUAUCUCUGGAUCCCUGGAUCGUCUGUUUACUUUCAGUCCCCCAGUCGAUACAUAUUCUUUUCUUAACUAUACUAUGGCCUCCGCCCGUUCUGGCCCAGGGCUGGUGGACCUGGAGAAGGAGCUCGCCUGUUCGAUUUGUACAGAACUCCUCUACCAACCGCUCACCCUCCUUGACUGCCUACACACCUUCUGCGGCUCGUGUCUGAAGGAAUGGUUCGCCGCGCAGGCCUCGCGCCGUCCCUCCUCGUCCAGCUCGCGGCCUCGCUUCACCUGCCCCUCAUGCCGAGCGAUCGUCCGCGAGACACGCCCAAAUGCCACCGUCACCACCCUGCUGGACAUGUUCCUGGCUGCUAACCCGGACCGAACUAAACCGGAGAGCGAGAAGCAAGAAAUCGCAGAGAAAUACAAGCCCGGCGACUCGGUGUUUCCACCGGCAAGACAGCAGCAGGCGGAGGAGGAGGAUGACAGCUCCAGCGGGUCGGAUGAGGAUGACGACGGGGAGGAUCAACGGUUACUACGUGAGGUCCAGGAGCUGAGUCUUCGGGAGACUCGCGCGCAGGCCGGACAUACGGCAGCAGCGGGUCAUCGUGGGGGACUGUCGUCGAGAACCCGCCCGACCGAGAGCGCGGAUGAAGAUGAUCGUUAUCGCCGGCGACGAAGGGAGGCUGCCCAGCCGCAGCGGGCAACGCAGGCAGUUGCAUCGACGAACCAUCAUCUGGACUCAUCUGGCCGCGCCAGGCGAGUCGAACAUCAGUCCAGUCUCCGGUCACUACUCAGCCUGUCCGACGCGGAGAGCAUGGAAGAAGAAAUCCUCCGCCAGAUCGUCGAGGAGGGCCUGCUGGACGGGAUCGAUCUGGAUAAUCUGGAACCUGGGCAGGAGGAAGAGCUCAGCGAACGCAUCGCGGACGCGUAUCGCCGGAGACACCGGCUGCAGUCGCGGCCGCAACAGCAGCUACAGCGAAGACCGGAGGAGCCUGAGACGACAACAACUACAACUACAGCCACGACCCCGUCGUCGCAGGAGAGGAGACGCCCGCGUGCGAGGUCGCAGUCCGCACAGAGAACCACCACCAUGACGGCACCGCCGAGCGCUACGCCACGAGAAUCCACGCGAAAUAACAACCCGCCGGUUUCGCGGCCACAUCUAUUGGAACCCCUCUCAGCACCAGCCCCCGGUGAACCAGGCCACCGCCGACGGCUAUCAGACCAAGGAACCAGACGACGCAGGACGUCUCCAACGCCGUACAGCCAGGCAUCUACGUCGGAGGUCGUGCUGCGGCCCGCUGCCAGGUCGGCAAGCGAUAUCUCUGCGGAGCGUCCUCGCAGCUCGCAGGCGGGGAGCAGGUUAAGGACGAGAGACACGUCAAUAAUCACGAACCGCCCGCCGACGGGCUCGGCCAUCUCUUCCUCCUCCUCCUCGCAGACCCUGCAGAUGGGGCCACCGCCAGCUAGCCCUCUUGUGCCCCCGAACAACAAUCUCCGCGCGACGGGCCGCUCUCGACCCUCUUCGGCAUCCCGGUCAGAUGUAACACAGCAGCCUUCCACGCCCACACUAUAUCCGGAGCCGUCUAUUGUGUGUGAUGGAUGUGGGAAGCAGGACAUCCAGUACGAGCCCUACCGACAAUGCACGAGAUGUAAAGACGGGAACUUUCAUCUGUGUCUACGCUGCUACCGUCUCGGCCGAGGCUGUCUGAACUGGGCCGGGUUCCGGGCGUCGGCCAAGGUAGCCGGGAAGGAAAUCUCCGCGACGGCCGACGAUGGGUCGGCAGCACACAUCCUGGCGUCGUUCAAGUACCGGCGGCCGCGAGACCGGGCUCAACGCGUGAAUACCAACGAGGAUCAUCGCCAACAGACGAUGACCGGCGACAACCCCGCGCGCCGACUGCAGCGCGGUCUCUUCUGCGACAUCUGCCAUGCGCACGCGAGCAGCCGCCUCUGGCAAUGCGACGAGUGCAACGAGGGCGACUGGGGGUUCUGCACGCGCUGCGUGAACCAGGGUCGACACUGCACGCACCCCUUGCUCCCCAUCUCUGAAGAGCAGCAGCAUUACCGCGCGGAAUCCAUAUCCGACAAAUGCGCCAUCUGCGCGUGCGCCAUCUCGCCAUCCAUGUCUCGCUUCCACUGUUUCGAAUGCAACGCGGGCGAUUACGACGUCUGCACCAACUGCUACCUCAAGCUCGGCGCCACCAACAAGAUCAGCAAGGAAAACGGAUAUAACGGGUGGCGGCGGUGUCUCAAGGGCCACCGCAUGGUAGUCGUGGGAUUCGACACACACACCUCGCCGCCGCGACGAAUCAUUCUGCGUGACCUCGUAGGCGGGCGUGCCUUGAAAGAGGUUGAUAAUGGAGCUUCGGAUUCGGGAAGCACUCCUUCUACUACAGGCGACUGGAGCUGGAAAGAAGGUAGCGAGCGACGGAAAAAGGCAUCCCGGGUUCGCAAUCACCAAUGGGAACAUAAACAAUCCCCAUCCUCGACACCCACAGAUACAGUUCCAGGGCUGGGGCUGCUGGCCCCAGCCCCGGCGGUGGGAUUACUCGUCCACGCGCGCUGGGCGUGGCUCCCCGACGACGGGGUGACGGAUGAGCUGCUCUUCCCUCGCGGGGCGGAGAUCAGCGAGGUGGAAAACGUCAACGACGAUUGGUUCUGGGGGUGGUAUGCUGGGGUUUCCGGACUGUUUCCUGGCGCGCAUACCGUUAUAUUAGGUGAUAUGGCAUAACAUAAACAUUAAUAUUAACACAUAACACAUAAACUAUAACUAAGUACCUAGGUAUACAAAAAAUGUACUCCGUACUAGUAAGUAAGUAGAGCAAUAAGUAAACGCUGGUAAUCACCCGAGGUCUCCCCCCUCACUCUAUCAACAAGGUCAGUCUUAUAUUUCGCGCGAUACGCGGCC